AUGGCGAUCAUUAUAGCUUCCCUUUUCCUGCCACAUCAGCCGCAAUUCGAGCUUGAGGGACCGUUGGACGAGAAGCAGGGGCUUGUCGAUUCGAACUUGGUGAAGAUCAAUGAAUCUAGUGCUAGUUUGGGCCGGAAAAGGGCCAGUUCGGUGCAUUCGAACUCGCCGUUUACUGGGUACGACGGCAGCCAGGAGCUUUUGAAACCUGCGGAUGGCACUCGAUCUAGAGUGGCCAGUCCCGCUCCAGGCGGCGGAGUUAGACAGGAGGAGUUGUUGAGCUCGGAGAAGUUUAUGAAAAGCCUGACUGCACACGGAACGCAGGCGUCGACACCGGCGAAUGCGGUGGUUUCGGGAUCUCAGAGUGGUUCGGCACAAGAGUUUUUCUCGAACAAGGACAUCGUCUCCCCCUUUGCGUCCGUGCCGGGGUCACCGGGCUUGGAUGCAGCCGGACCGGGGGCGGUGUCACAGGAUAGCACUGCCAACUUGCUUAAGAACGUGAAUAAGUCGUUGCUGUACCAAUCGGUGUUGAACAGCGCCAACACUUCGCAGUCGGCGCUCGAGGGCCGCGCUAAACUCGACCGCAGAUCGUCUUCGGGCACCGUGAUCACCCCGAAGUCGAGAGCUGUGCCAGACGUGCAUUCUGCUGUGGUGGAUUUUGCCAAGGUCAAGCAGCAGCAACAGAGCUCGUCGCUUCCAGCGAUGAAGCGGGUUCCCAGGACGGUCUCCAUGAACAGUGUGUCCGCAAAAUCGGGUCCUUCGCAUCUGAAGUAUUCUCAAAUGGCCAAGGAUCUGGAGAACACUUUCUCUGAUGAAAGUUACAUCUCAGAGUCCGACUCGGAGGAGGUGGUGGCCAAUGGUUCUGAGUCCGAUCUCGAGAUGGAGCAGGAGCUGCACUACCAUGUUCCCAAAUUCGGCGGAUACUCCAACAAUGCUAAGCUGAGAGCUUCUCUCUUACUCAGCUCCCACGAGCUCUUUGGGCGUGUUCCCUGGAAGAUCGUUCCUAGUCUUAAAGGUAACGGUGCGCUAAGAAACGCUGUUCAGAAUGCCACUGCUGAGAAAAUCAUCAAGGAUAAGGUCACUUGGGUCGGCACGAUCGGUAUUCCAACCGAUGAAAUCCCAGAAAAUGUGAGCAGGCAGAUUUCGAAGAAAUUGAGUGCCGAAUAUAACUCAGAAGCUGUGCUCACUGACGAUGUGACCUUCAAGGGCGCCUACAAGAAUUUUUGCAAACAAAUACUGUGGCCAAGUCUCCAUUAUGAGAUUCCCGACAAUCCAAAUUCGAAGGCCUUUGAGAACCACUCAUGGAACUAUUAUCGUCAAUUGAAUCAGCUAUUUGCCGAUAAGAUCAUAAGUACUUAUAAAGCCGGCGAUACUAUAUGGAUUCAUGACUAUCACUUGAUGCUGGUUCCAGAAAUGGUGAGGGAAGCAUUACCACACGCCAAAAUUGGAUUCUUCCUCCAUGUCUCAUUUCCUAGUAGUGAGGUAUUCAGAUGCUUUGCCCAAAGAGAAAAAAUACUUAAGGGGAUCCUGGGUUCCAACUUCGUUGGUUUUCAAACCAAGGAAUACGCAAGACAUUUCAUGCAAACCGCUAAUAAACUUUUGAUGUCUGAUGUUAUAGAUAAUGAAAUCAAGUUCAAGGGAAAAAUAGUUACGGUCCACAACACGCCUGUUGGUAUCGAUCUCUUCCGUUUGAACUCGCAGCUCAAGAACGAGAGAGUGCUGCAAUGGCGCCAACUCAUCCAGGACAAGUGGAAGGACAAGCUACUCAUUGUUUGCCGCGAUCAAUUCGACCGUGUUAGGGGGCUAAAAAAGAAGAUGUUGGCCUAUGAGAGGUUUUUAAAAGAAAAUCCCGAGUACGCUGAGAAGGUAACGAUGAUCCAGAUUUGCAUUGGGGCUCAAAGAGACGCUGAAUUGGAACGGUCGGUCAUGCUUGUCGUUGACAGAAUCAACUCUCUUUCUGCAAAUUUGAGUACCAGUCAACCAGUGGUGUUCCUGCACCAGGAUCUGGAUUUUGAACAGUAUCUCGCAUUGAGUUGCGAAGCCGACAUGUUUAUGGUUGAUCCUCUAAGAGAGGGUAUGAACUUGACUUGUCAUGAAUUCAUUGCCUGCUCUGAAGAGAAACACGCCCCCCUAUUGUUAUCAGAAUUCACUGGUAGUGCAGAGAUAUUGAAGGAUGGGGCCCUCUUGGUCAAUCCUUGGGACAUCGAAAGUGUGUCACAAAUGAUCAAAAAGGCUUUGGAAAUGCCACCGGAAGAGAAAAGAUUACGUUGGAAGAAGAUGGUCAAGAGUGUGAUCAAUAACGAUUCUGAUAACUGGAUCACAACUUCAUUGCAGGAUAUUAACAACUCGUGGGAAUUCAACAAGGAGAGAUCGACAGUGUUCAACUUGUCUGUUGACCAAAUCCUAAGCGAUUACAGGGAGUCUAAGAAGCAUCUAUUUAUUUUCAAGAUCUCAGAACCCCCAACUUAUAGAAUGAUCUCCAUCUUGAACGAUCUAAGCGCCAAAAACAUCGUAUACGUCAUGAACUCCUUCUCUAAAACCACACUAGAGAGUCUUUACAGCCGUGUUGCGAACCUUGGCCUCAUCGCAGAGAACGGUGCAUACGUCAGAUUGAACAAUGUGUGGUACAAUAUCGUGGAGCAAGUUGACUGGAAGAGCGAAGUGGUGAAAAUCCUGGACGACAAAGUGGAGAGAUUGCCUGGGUCCUAUUACAAGAUAGCCGAUUCCAUGAUCAGAUUCCAUACCGAAAAUGCUGAGGACCAAGACCGUGUUGCCGGCGUCGUCGGCGAGGCUAUCACCCACAUCAACACUUUGUUUGACGAAAAGGGAAUUCACGCAUACCUACACAAGAACAUCGUCUUUGUCCAAGAACAGGGUCUUUCCUCCACAGCGACUCAAUUUCUGCUCAAAUUCUACAACAGCAGAACCGACGCCUACGAUAACAGUUCCAUGCCGGUGACGCCGGCCGAUAUCGGCUCCACGGCAACCACCCGCGGCGGCUACUUCACCUCCAAGGGCAAAUCCCAGUACCACGUUGAUUUUGCCUGCGUUACCGGUUCCUCCUCUCCUGCCAUCGAACCUAUUUUCCAACUCAUUAAGGAAGAAAUCAGCAGGGGCACCUUGCGCUUCGGCUACAGCCUGGUCUACGAUGGAGCCACCUCCACCUACGCUAAGGAACACGUCGACGGUCUCAAUGGACUGUUUGCGAUCCUCCAGGACAUCACUAGGACUCCACAUCGCUAG